GCUGACGCGUGGGAAUGAAUCGAAGCACACAAAAAACUGGAAAUAACAAUUGUUUCAGAAACUUUGUUAUCGUGUUAUUACAUUAUGGAUUUUCUGUCGUGCACACACUGUGAAUACUAAGGCUUAUCAUGGAAGAGUUGCAAUUCUUUGACUCCGGUGUGGAGUUGGCCGUGACGUGUGCUGGCCAUAUUGAUGAUCCUGGUUUAACAGUACAGUUGCAACACAUAAAGUCUAAACUAUGUGAAGUAUUAGAUACAGCCAAAUCACAAGUAAACAUCAAAAAGAUUGAACCAUGGAACAGCAUCAAAGUUACCUUCAGUAUACCAAGAGAAGCUGCACUGCGACUCAGAGAUUUAGCUCGAGGUGGAAACCAAGCUUUGAAAGAUUUAGGAAUACUCUCCGUACAGAUAGACGGUGAUGAUGUGAUUCGACUCACUUUAUCAAGAGACAAUACAACACAAGAAGUUACCUUUAGAACAGCUCCACCACCACCACCAAAACAACCACUGCCAUCCCCUCUUCAACAGACUUUGCAGUUUCCUGGUCCUGCAUUUGGUUUACCUUCAGUUUCGUCUUCUCCAAUGCCAGGACCAAGUGGUGAGCAGCCACAGCCUCAGCCCCAACCAAAAAAGAAGCGUGUACGCAGAACCAAAGAAAAGAUUGCAGCUGCAGCCGCAGCAGCCGCAGCAGAGGCUACACAGAAUCAAGCCAUGCAAAGGUUACAACAGGAACAGUCAAUGAUGGUUAACCUUCCCCAAAGUGAAAUGGAAAGGCAAGAAAAGAGCCGCCCAUCGAAUCUCAAUCUAAUGGGUUUAUCCCAGGAUGGUGGUGGUGGAAGCUUCCCAAUAGGUGCCCGAUUCCCACCCAUAGACAAUUCUAUUAGGCUCACCAAUAAUGGAAAUAACUGCAACAAUAUGGGAAGGAAGCAAGAUGUUACAAUGACAAGUCCUUUACUAGUGAAUCUUCUUCAGAGUGAUAUUUCUGCUACACAGUUCCCAUUCUCGGCAUUGUCUGGGAAGAGCACACCACCAACAAUGAAAUCAGAUGAAGGUGGUGAGGUCCCUGUUUCACGUGCAAUGUUCCAGGAAAAAUUUCUUCAGUUGCAACAGCAACAUAACCAGCAGCAGCAAUUACAGCAGCAGUUUUCAUCAAUGCAGCAACAGCAGCCUGAAAGACAGCAGCAAUUUCAACAGCAAUUACAAAAUUCCCAACAGCAGCAGACACAACAGCAAUUGCAGCAAGCUUUUCAGCAACAUCUACUACAACAAGCUCAACAACAGCAUGGCCAACAACAACAAGAAUUUAUGACACAUCAACAGAGACAGCAGCAACACUCCCAUCAACAAUUAUUGCAACAGCAACAGGAGUCUGCUCAGAUGCAGCAACAGCAACUUGUGACUCAACAACAACAACAACAACAGCAGCAGCAGCAGCAGCAACAACAACAGCAGCAGCAGCAUGUACAACACCAAAAUCUAUCUCAACAACAGAGACUUAUGGGACCACAACAGUUGCUUUCACCACAUCAGAUACCCCGGCAACAAUUUCAUCCUUCCAUGCAAGGGCACCUGCAUCCAUCAAUGUCACAGCAGCAGUCUCAUCAAGCACAACGCCCUCAUAUGUCAGGACAACACUCACAGAUGUUGGGGCCAUACUCACAAAUGUCAGAACAGCUUCAGAUGCCAGGACAUCGACCACAGAUGCCAGAACAACUUCAGAUGACUGGACAACUACGCAUGUCAGGACCUCCACUGCAGAUGUCAGGACAACAACAAAUAAUGUCUGGACAACAGAUGAAACGAACACCACAAAUGCUAGCGCAACAACAGCAGAUGGCUGGACCUCAUCAAAUGCCUGGCCAUCGUUUACACAUGCCAGGGCAGCAGCCGCAAAUGCCAGGACAGCAGCCACAGAUGUCAGUUCAGCAACUGCAGAUGCCAGGACAACAACCACAGAUGCCAGGACAACAACCACAGAUGCCAGGACAACAACCACAGAUGCCAGGACAACCACCACAGAUGCCAGGACAACAACAAAUGCAAGGAUUGCAGACGAAAAUUUCUGGACAGACAGCAAUGCCAGGACAACAACAGCAGAUGCCAGGACAACCACGGAUGCCAGGACAACUGUCACAAAUGCUGGGACAACAGCCAAUGAGGCCAGGACAACAAACACAGCUGCAGGGUCAACUGUCACAAAUUGCAGGACAACAGUCGCAGAAUUCAGAACAACAUUCACAGGUGCCAGGGCAACAGUCCCCAAUGCCAGGACAACAGUCACAGCUGCAAGGACAACAGUCACCGAUGCCAGGGCAACAAUCUGCUAUGCCAGGACAACAGUCGCCAAUGCCAGGACAACAGUCACAGAUGCCAGGACAACAGCAACCAGUGCAACAGUCGCCAAUGCCAGGACAACAGUCACAGAUGCCAGGACAACAGCAACCAGUGUCAGGACAACAAUCCGCGAUGCCAGAACAGUCGCCAAUGCCAGGACAACAGUCGCCAAUGCCAGGACAACAGCAACCAGUGCCAGGGCAACCGCAACCAAUGCCAGGACAACAGCCACAGAUGCCAGGACAACAGCCACAGAUGCCAGGACAACAGCCACAGAUGCCAGGACAACAGUCACAGAUGCCAGGACAACAGUCACAGAUGCCAGGACAACAGUCACAGAUGCCAGGACAACAGCCACAGAUGCCAAGACAACAGUCACAGAUGCCAGGACAACAGUCACAGAUGCCAGGACAACAGUCACAGAUGCCAGGACAACAGGCACCGAUGCCAGGACAACAGUCACCGAUGCCAGGACAACAGCCAUCGGUGCCAGGACAACAGCCAUCGGUGCCAGGACAACAGCCAUCGGUGCCAGGACAAAAGCCACCAGUGCCAGGACAACAGCCACUGGUGCCAGGGCAACAGAUGCAGGUGCAAAUACCAGGACAGCAAGCACAACUUAAGGGACAGCAACCACAGAUGCAACAUCAGCCAAAUAUGCCAGAACAACAGUCUGAGAUGUCAGAACAGCAAGCAGUGUCAGCAACACAAGUACAACAGCAGGGACAACAGCAGAUAUCAGGACAGCAAGCACAAAUGCAAGGACAAAAGCAGUCACAUAUACCAGGAAAACAGCAAACUUCAAGACCAGAACAACAAACAGAAAUACCAGGACAGCAACAGUCAAAAACACCAGGGCAACAAAUGCAUAUAUUAGGACAACUACAUUUAACUGGACAAAAUUCCCUGAUUCCUGAGCAAAAACCACAAAUACCUGAUCUUGCACCAGGUCAACGGCCAAAUGGUUCUGGUAAACCAAAGUUACCUGCACAACCUUUGCAGUUAUCAACCGAACAACUUAUCCCAGAACAACAAUCACAGCAACCUGUGUCAGCUGGCCAACUUCCUCCCCAAAAUUCCCACAUUCAAACAUCCAGACAACAAACACAGCAGGUACCAAACCAGCAGUCUCCAGAUCAUCUUCAACAUGCAUCACAGCUACAGCAACAAUCAUCACGAAAGGAUAGUUCUCCUUCACAGCUGACUGGUCAUCAACAACAAAGGCCCCCACCCCGAUUUUCACAAGGGUGGAUGAAGAAACAGUUGGCACCAUCAAAUCUAGACAGCUUAUCAGGAAUGCUAUCAAUGCCAACCGAUCAACUGAAUCUUUCACAGUUUGUCAGACAAUUAGCUGAAGGAGUUCAGCAACAAAUGCCACAGUUUCACACCCAGUUUUCUGAAGCUGACUUUGAACGUCAGCGAGAACAGUUACUCUCUUUUGGAUUAGGGGCUAGGUCCACUGAACAAAAGGGACAGAUGAAAGCCACUGAAACCAAAGUUCAAGGUGGGGAAAACAGUCAGCAACAGUUUCAGAAAGAACAGCAGAAAAUUCAAAAACAGCAACUUAAGAAAGAGCAGCAGCAACAACAACAACAACAACAGCAGCAGCAGCAACAUCACCGACAAGGACAGCAGCAACCAACUGCUACUUCAUCAUCAACAUUGACACCUUUCCAACUACAACAGGAACAAAAAUUAAGAACUGAAACUACUUCUCAUUUAGAGACAAACGAACCAGUACUUUCAGGCAUGAAAGAUUAUGUGAAGUUUUCUGGUUUAUUCAAGGAAAGAAAAGAACUCAAACAAGAAAUGAUUUCUGAUCAGCAAAUGCAGUUAAAAGUUGAGCCAAUUGCAUCUCAAGGUGUUCCCAUCUCUGAAAAGAUUAAAAGAAAUGAUAUUGAAGAGAAAGCAAGUGUUAGUAUGGACACUGAACUAAAGAAAGAACCUGAGUGUUUGCAUGAUUUCUUGGGUAAAAAUGCCACACAAAUGAAAAAGAAUGCACCAAAAAAUGAAGAGAAGACGAGUUUUGAAGAUGAUGCUUCACAGAAGGAGUUAUCCCUUGAAGUUGGGAAAAAGAUUAAAACUGUUAAGGAAGAACAUCAGAAUGAAAAUGAAAUUUGUUCAAAAGAAAAUAUGAGGACUUUGUUGACAAAUAUACAAGUAAAGGUUCCAGUUUCUCACUCCAGUGAUAGUAACAUCAUAAAAGAUUUACAUGUAGCUGAAAAAGCACAGACAUCAACAGAGGAACCCUAUGAUCCCCUGCUUGAUUUACACCUCCAGACCGAAGAAAGUUCUGUUGAUGAACCUAAAUUGUCCUCAACAGUGUCUACCCCUACUGAUAUAAAGGAAGAUUGUUCACCAGAUACAAGUCAAUCACAUGCAGAAGAUACGAAAUCUGAUGUUGAACUUGAAGGACUUGAAUCGGCCAUAGCAGAAAGUUUGUGUAGGGACGAAGAUCGAGAUUCCCUGAAGGAUGCUGCUUCAAAUAAUGGAUCAUCUGUUGAUUCCUUGGGGAUGCAGGAUGUGAGAAAAUCAUCAGACUUAAGCUCCACUGGACUAUCCGAAGAACUAGUUGGUAAUAUAGCUAAAGAAGAAAUCAAGGCAGUUGAGACAUCUUUAUCUUCAGAUGCUGCAAAGAGUACAUUUGAAGCAAAAAAUGUUCAAAGUCAAGGAAAGAGUUAUGAUGAACAAAAUUUUGCUUCUCAGAUUGAGAAGGAAGAUGCUUUGAAGACAGUGCCCAAAAGUGGAAGUGACCUUCUUGUGCAAAUGAUUAAAGAGGUUGAAGAAGAGAAAAAAACGAUAAGUCCUAAAACAUUGCAGAAAGAUGAGACUUCUGCCAAGUUAGACAAUAAGUCUCAAUCCAAAAGUGAGAAACUAUCAGAACUCAAGGCGAUAUUAAAAACUGUCCAAGCUGAUCAUAUUGAUAUAAAGGAUGCAGAUGAUAUGAAGCUAGACAAACAUUCAGUUGUUGGGAUGGCACAGAACAGUGGACAACAGGCACCUGAUGAAGUGCAGGACACUCAAAAAAUUGUUCUGGCAAAGCAUGCUGGGAGGGUAGAAAAGUCAAGUCCUGAAAGAGAAACUGAAGUCUUACCUAGGUAUGUAACAGAGUCGCUUGAGGAAUGUUACACAGAAACUUCUGCAGUUGAAGAGGGCAAAGGAAUUAAUGCACCUGAUGAUAAUGAUGAGUCAAACUCAAAUGUUUUGGACUCCACGAUACAGGAAAAACCUCAACUAUCUGAACCUGUGAAAAACGUACUACUCACUGAUGAACCUGGUGAAAAUGUUGAAACUACAGCAGAUGUUAGCUGUACAGGGACUAUUACUGAUGGAAUGUCUAUAAAGAUUCCAGAGCAACCUAAGGUGUCCUCCUCUACUUUAGCUCUGGAAGCUGAAGAACUGUCCAGUGGAACUGGCCAAAUUGCAGACAUAUCAAAGACUGAACAAACUAAACUGUCAAAAACAGAGCCAGUUAAGGAUUCUACGGGAGAAGCUCAUGACGUUAUUGAUUCUUCUGUGAGGGAAAAAGUUAUAAAUGAGAAAAGGGAGGUGAAAGAUGAAUCGCAAAAAAUGGAAGAACAAGUGCAAGUAUUGAGUCAACAAGAAAUAGCUUACAGCAGUACAGGCAGCAAAAGAACUGCAAAACAAAUUGAAGAUGCACCUGCUGAAAAGAAAUUGAAGGACAGUGCCGAAGAGGAAAGUGUUUCUGCAAAGGACCCAGAAAUUAAGCCAAAAGCCACUGAGACAACAUCGGAAAAAACAGACAAGCAACCAGAUGAUGCAGAUGAAAUAAAAUCAACUGAAGAGGACAAAAAACCUAAAGCAGAAAUGAUCGAAGAAUCACCUGUAAAAAUUCAAUAUGCUGGGAGGGGAAGAGGGAGGCGAGGGGGAAGGAGGUCACCUACUGAUAUGGGGAGAGGAAGGGGUGACUCACCGGCGAGAAGGGGGCGUGGACAGCGUGAACGAGAUUCCUCACCACCAAGAAAAAGAACUACUAGAUCCAGUGGUGGAGCGGAUAUCUGUGAUCCACUGCCUCCGCCACAGAAACGAAGACGAGCAAAAGAGAAACCGUGA